AUCUGAGGGGUUUGGAAAACAUUUUUCCAUUUGUUUUCUAUAUGUUGUGGGAUUUUCAGACUAUUUCAUAUUUGGUAUUGUUAUCUAGUAUCAAAUAGCAGCACCAAAUGAAAACCAGUGUAUUUUUGGCAACUGAGGAACAGCAAGUUCUGGGGGGUUUAAAAUAGAUGACAUAUGAUACCAAUAAUAGCCCGGUGCAGCUUAGCAGACCUGAGAAACUAUUCAAAGCAAAAUGGAGGGCAGUUCUAUACUCCAGGCUUUCACUAACAUUUAUUUUGCUAUUUUUGCUUUGUUUUGUUUCAAACUUUUAAUUAAGAUUUCCUUGGCUCUGCUGACUCAUUUCUAUAUUGUUAAAGGCAACAGAAAAGAGGCUGCCAGGAUAGCAGAAGAGAUCUAUGGAAUAGUCCCAGGUAGCUGGGCGGACAGAUCUCCUCUGCACGAUGCUGCCUUCCAAGGACGCCUCCUGUCUUUGAAAACCUUGAUCGCACAGGGUUUCAAUGUGAACCUGGUGACAACAGACCGAGUCUCAGCUCUUCAUGAAGCCUGUCUGGGCGGCCAUGUGGCCUGUGCAAAGCUGCUGUUGGAGAAUGGCGCACACGUCAACGCAGCCACAAUUGAUGGGAUCACUCCUCUCUUUAAUGCUUGCUGCAGUGGCUCUGUGGCUUGUGUAAACAUGCUGCUUGAAUUUGGAGCCAACCCACGGGUCGAGAACCACCUUGUUUCACCCAUUCAUGAGGCAGUCAAGAGAGGACACCGAGAGUGCAUGGAGGUUCUUCUGGCUCAUGGGGUUGACAUUGACCAAGAAGACCUGCAGUAUGGAACCCUGCUUUAUGUUGCUUGCAUGUACCAAAGGACAGAUUGUGUCAAGAAGCUGCUGGAGCUUGGAGCCAAUGUUAAUGCGGGGAAGCGACUAGACACUCCGCUCCAUGCUGCAGCAAGGAAAUCGAGUGCAGAGAUAGUCAUCUUGCUGGCAGACUAUGGUGCUAACCUGAAAUGCAGAAAUGCUGAAUUCAAAUGUGCCCUGGACCUUGCCAUACCCAACAGCAAAGUGGAACAGGCACUUCUACUUCGGGAAGGCCCUGCCAGCCUUGCCCAGCUGUGCCGAUUGUGUAUCAGAAAGCAUCUGGGUCGAUCAUGCCUAUAUACGGUCCAUAAGCUGCGCCUGCCUGAGCCGCUUGAGAACUUUCUCCUACACCGAUAAGCCCAUGACUAUCUUUACACUGGAAAAGAAAGAGAAACAAAUGGUUGUGUACUCCAAAAUUAUAAUAUCAAAGAAAAAAAAAUUAAUCAAAGACAUCAUUUACUGUCUACUCUGGGUACCAAACUUGCUGCUGAUUGUGCACAUUGAAGCCAAUGGAAAACACCUUUUCACAGACAAUGAAUGUUGUGGAUACAGCUCCCCCAGUUUAUUGCAAUAUCUAUUUUUACUAAACUGAGAAGUUGUAAUACAUGAACAGCUCAAUCAACAUGCGUUUGUAGAUAGACAUGCAGACGUCUACCCACAGACACACACACAGGAUUUCCCCUGCAUUUAGUGUUGUCUAGUGAUUGUAGGUACUUUUUAUUUUUUCCAUUUAAUAUCUGUGCAGCUUCUUCCAUUUAAUUCUAAAAAGCUCACCGUCAAAAUUAAAGCUGUUAUUCUUCCACUAGUGUGGGAAUGAAAACAUUCAGUAGUUAAUGUUAGGCAUAUUUAUGUACUGCACAUCUUUAGUCCUCCUUGACUUUUCUUCCUGACGGCUCUUUCCCAUUCUCUAGUAGAGUCAUCACAGCGACUUCCAGCAGGCUCUGGCUGUCCAGAUGUCCCAUCAUCUGAACCCAGCUGCCCCCUACACUAAUCCAUGUUCUCCUCCAAGAUGAGAAUGAUGUUACCAAAUCAGGUCUGGAGGCUUGGAGUAAGUCCAUGAAAUAAUUUGUAAGUCUUAAAAAAAUACAUUUGUCUCUUCUAAAAGAAAAAAAAGUAUAUAUAUGUAUUUAUGAAAGUCUGUUUUACCUGAGAUCUGGCUCUGUUUGCUAUAUGAAUAAUUUUUGUUAGCUUAAUUUGAGGAGAGAACAGCAAAUGUUUUCAUAGGCAUAUAGUAGGCCAGUCUGUCCUUUGCAAAGCUUAAUGACAACCAGAAACAUGAGUUGCUUCUCCUCCUUAUUAUCUUUGAACACUUUGAUGUUUCCCAAGAGAAGUCCUUGGACUGUAGAGCAAGAGAGGGUCAGGGUCCCUAAGGAUGGUUGUGCAUCACCCAAAUCUUCUUGUUGGUUAUUACCCACUAGGAGAAUAAGUUGGCAGGGCAUCUGCUUCCACAUCACCUGCUCUAGAGUCUUUCAUCACCUUCCUGGGAGAAGGGAAUUUUAAAGGAGAUUCUGGCCACUGUGAUAGUAGUUCAAAUCUUAUCAGGUUUUGUAGCUUGGACAUAGCAGUUAAAGCUGUAGACCUCUCUGAGCUGAGCAACUCAGUAUCCAGUGACAGGUGCCAGCAUGGCUGUGCAAAUAUAUGUUUAUUUUUCUUAUGGAGGCUUCUGAGGGCAGAAACAUUUCUACAGACCUGAAAGAUGAUGAAGUUCAACCACAAAAUGAGCAAUAGUGUAUCACUAGUACUGUAAGGCAUAGAGGUUAAAGGACGGUCUGCCUACACAUAGCCCAGCUUUGCAGGCCCAAGAGUCCAGUUCAUUUUCCAGCUAAGAGCUGUAGAGAUUUUUUUUAAUGAGCUAUGCAUGCUGGUACCAGUUUUCCCUGCCCCUAUGUUCAAAGUCAGGGGAAAUGAGCCUUGUGAGCUAUAAGGCACUGAACACUUUUCCAGCAGCCAUUGAGUGGUUGUCAUCACUCUAGCAGAAUCAGCCUGUGGUCCAAUGCUAACUCCUUAAUUUCAUCACAUUACUUUCCUUCUCUGAGACAAAGGACUCACCUUUCCUGUACUUUCCUAUGAAUCAUUCAGCACAAGUAAGAUAAACUGUGCUCCCAGCAGUUUGUGAUAUUAGGCCUGCAGCAUUACAGCCACUAACAAAUGUAGUUUUCAGCCUGUGAAGUACCCUGUUUCUGCACAUAUUGAAUGCCGCCUGACAGCGAGAACUAUUGCCCAUAAAGUUUUCUGUGACAUGAAUGACCUUGUAUAGUACAGUAUAUCAUGGAUUUCAGAGAUCUGAACACUAAAUUCUCAAGAGCUUCUGAAAAUCAGAUACUGUGAAGAAAGAAAUGUCUGUAUUUAUCUGAUGUCAGUAGAUCUCUCUCAGGCUUGUCCUUACUUCCAGCUUGCCUACUCUGUUUAUAAGCUGGCAGUCAGAAUACCAUCUGCUGUCCAAAUAGAGAGGCAGAGCCUCAGCUGUGUGGGUUGUCAGGCUUUUAUUGCAAUCAAGGAGUGAAGACAAUUUAUGGGAUCUAUUUCAGAACAUGUAAUGCUGAAUUGAUUUCCUUCUGCGAUCAUUGGUGAAAGCAGUAUUUCACUUGCAUGGGAUUUUAAAUUGAAAAAAUGUAUCUUCAUUAAGGAGGUGCAAAGCCUACUCAGCCUCUCAAGAAGGUUUAUGUUAUGAAACAGCAGAAGCUGCCCUAUUUUAUUGCUGAUAUUAGGUUCCCAUCAAAAAAUCACCUCACCUUUGCAUCCUCCCAGAGAUAUCAUUCUUCUUGAAAUUCCAUAUAUCAGAGAUUCAAGUGGAUCCGAGCUAUAAUAAAUCAAGAGAGAAGUUCAGAAGUCCUGAUAUUAAGCAAUCUCAUUAAAAACUUCACCUAGAUUUUUUUGUUCUUAUCACAAGCGUGGUUCAGACUAAACAUCACCCAUUUAAUUUUCAUUGGCUGUGCUUUGUGUUACAAAUCAUCAUUUGUAUCAUUUCAUGGUAUCCUGUUCAGUGGGAAAGUGUUGGGCCAUUUAUUUAUUUCCACCCACAAACAUCCAUUCUAAGUACAAACUCUUUCAGCUUUAAGGCAGAAUCUUCAGCUAUCGACGCUCACCAACCAUAAACAUUUGUCCCAAAUGUAUUUUGCAGAAAUAUCUUGAAAAAUGUUACCAAUACGCAAUGUAAACUCAAGAGAUUUCCUUUUAUUGUUCCCAAUCUGCUGGUCCACUUUUCAGUUUUAUUAUCUAUGUUAUGAAAGCCAGAAAUGUGGACUCAGAAAUGUUGGUGAAAUGGACCUCACAGAAUCACAGAAUACCCUGAGGUGGAAAGGACCCAUGAAGAUCACUGAGUCCAACAGACAUCAAACUAAUUAGAAGUUGACUUCAAUCUAUCAUUCGUUACUUAGUAUGCUUGUUAUUGUUAUCCAAAGCAAAACAAAGUUAAUACAGUUAAUAGAGUACAGUCCUAUCUUUAUCUGUACUCCAAAAUAAGCAGUCUUUGUAUCUAUGUUCUGCCUAGUAAAGGGUGCAUUUCCAUGACUCCAAGCAUUUUUACAGCUCUUUUUGUCUUUAUUGCAUCUUCUCUCAUACCACUCAGCUCUUGUUCAUAAGCUACACACUUUCAAUCCCAGUUCUGGCCACUGUCUCCUACAGCACAACUUUGCUGUUGGCACUUAUCAGCCCUCUGGUCUUUAUUGGGUGAAAACCACUGGUGGUGCCCCAGCAGGUCAUUAGGGCAAGACUGGCUAGUUGGACUGAUACUAAUGAAAUGAAACAUAUUUGUGGCUGUUCUGUAUUCUGGGCUGACAGUUUAUGAUGUUGUCGUAUAUUUUUUUUCCCCAAGAAAUUAAUGAUUUGUACAAGCCAUUUGCUCCUCUUUGUUUUUUUGUUGUUUUUUUUUUUUUUUUUGGGGGGGGGGUUCUUUGUUUUUUUAAUGUUCUUUAAGAGGUGUAUACUUUGUUAUUGUCAAAUACAGAUUAUUAGACAAAGAACUUCUGCCCAAUUUGAUUUCUAUUUCUUGAAAAUUCCUGCAACUUUAGAUUUCAUGACAUUUGCAGAAACUCUUGAUGCAUAUUGCAAAUGAAAGGAGAAGUGUGUCAGUUUUAAAAUUGAAAAAUGUUCAAUAAAAGGUAUCAGGAACUGAGGAAGAAAACUUAAUUUACAUAUUCAGCUGAGAAUAACAUCUGGGGGAUGGGAAAGGGAUGAAUUGGCAGGGCAUGUCAUUCUAGAACUUUAACAAGUAACACAUCAGUCAGCAAAACAUUGCAAGUAAUGGCUGCAUUCUUACCAGCAAUGGAUAAAGUCUCACAUGUGUGGGGGAUUCCCUUUUCAUCUUACUUUGAAAUGAAUUAGACUUAAGUAUGAAGAGCUUCUCUUCAUUGCAGUUUGAGCAAAACUAUUGUAAAUGCCAAACCUCAGCACGCAGUCAGUCUAGCAAUUUUUAUUGUUACAUGCCUUGUCUGUGAUAUUCUGCAAAUAUGGAUUCCCAGAAUCAGAAACACUAACUUGGCUUACUCUGAUUUAAGCACUGAAUCAAGGUCUGAGAAACAAAACUAUGUUCCAGCCAUGUAAAAACGAAGAAAACAAUUAAAAUGAAUUUGGUAUUUAUAGUAACAAAAGAUUUAAUGUUUUUAACUGUAAGAUGUGCGAGACUCUGUGGUGACAAGGAAUAGGAUAAAAAUGAGACUCCCUAGCCAGUCCUUGAGGGCAAGACAGGGUUUGGACUGGUAUUAAACCCAUGUUUUACUGAAACAAUUCAAUGGACUAAUAUACAGGGUUCUGUAGUUUCAUCCUUUCUCUCACAUGCAGAGGUUCAGCGGAAAAGAUCUGAAGACAGAGAGAAGAAGUGCUCUAUCCUUUAAUAUCUUUUCAGGCCCAGAGGCCAUGACAAUUUCAUCUGAACUCCUCCACAAUGCAAGCCACAGAACCUCACCCAGCAAUUGUGUUAACCCAGACUGUGCCCUGGGCUACGGCGUGCUUUACAAAAGCUAGCAGCAGAGAGAGCUUCCCACUUCAUCCCUCCAAUGAAGCUGCCACCCCAGGCCAGGAGAUCAUGAGGAUGGGAGGCUACCUUCUCCAUUACAUGCACUCAUUCUUGUCCAUAGCCUGGAGCUGCCAGUU